AUGUCGACAACGAUCAGCAGUGUCGUGUCUAGCGCUUCGGCUGCAAGCAGCGCGCCGCUCGACCACCGAUCGUUCACCUCGUGCUACACCGUGACGAAGCAUUCGUGGAGAGGCAAGUACACGCGAAUCUUCUGUGUAGGUCCACAGGGCAUCGCCACGUGCGACGUGCGGUCACUGACAAAACUGACGAACUACUGGCCUUACACCUCGAGCGUGCGCAGCAUUGUUGCCGAGGGCGUCGGCAAUGGCCACUUCCUGCUUAUCACCCAAAGCAACGGCAGCAGGGCAGAGGAGCUACGCUUCUCGUGCGGAACCGACGCAGAGCGGGCGCAGCUUCUGACGGAUGUGAACCGGUACAGACUGUGUUUCGACUGCAACUACCGUGCCUCACUAACGGUACAGGUAUAUUGGGCAAUGAAGUACACCAUCAAUGAGACGCUUCGACCAUGCACUCUACGGGUGACAGCCACUGGCGUUGAGCAACUGUGCCGUAUCAGAGGCGAUACGGGUGCCAACGCGCCUGCUGACGGUGGCGCCUCUGCAAGCUCGCAAGUGUCGGCAUCGCCGACAGCCGCCAAAUACGGGACGGGCGCACCGCCAGAGUAUGAGAAAGUCGGCGAGUAUCUGUUUUGCAGUAUCCGGGGCAUCACCACGAUUGCAGACCGGCCGGGCAGCAUCGUCAUCGCGUACGGGACGGAAAUGAAAAUGCACCUCUACGACGUCGCUAACGUGAAGUUGCUGAUCGAGUCGAUCUACCGGAACGCGACAGAGUACAUUGGACUGCCGCGAUAUCGUGAGAUGAACGUCUUGCAGCAGAGCGUGUUCGACUCCGAACGCCUUGGCAUCCGCCGUGACUCGCUCGAGGCCGUGGAAGAGUUCAGCGUCCUAAAGCACUCCCCAAAGCAGCGCGACGGCGCGGUGCGUCGGUUGCUGAGCACCACGCCGAUUGCCAUUGUCGAGCGCGACCCCGUGACCUACAACCCGAUUAGUGCACACUUUCUCCACUCCAUCUUUGCCCUCGUGCGUUGCGAGGACGACGAUCAGCGCUUCUUAAUCCUCUUCAAGGAUUCACCGGUCAUGAAGUCGUACCAAUCACCCGCUCGCGACACGAUUCUGGCGCAUGUGCUCACAGCGUGCUACAGCGCCGGUGACGGAAAUGUGUGUGUCAUGGCGCGGCCACUGCUGCGCCGCAACCGACUCUCCUCUCUCGACACCCCCGUUACCGAGGAAGUCGAGAGCCUGCUACUGAAAGGGCUCGUCGAAGGUCGUCUUGCCGGCGCUCCGGUCGCAGUCGACACGGCGGGCUCGACAGAGGACAGCGUGAGAGCUGGCCUGAUGGCUUCGCUGGAGCUCUUCAACGCCAACGUCCCAAGAACAGGGCUGACGUGGAGCGAGAACAGAGACGGACUGUUCUCGGAGAAUCGCGAGAAGCUCAUCUUCAACGCAGUGGAAGCGGUGCUGAAGCACUUUACGUGGGUGAAGCCGUCCGGUGGUGAUGCGAGUGAGGGCAGCCGCGGUAGCAGCGGCGUGACGCUCGACGCGGUGAAUCAGCACUUCAUCGUGGAACAGUUUCAGGCGCUGGGUCGCCUCUCCGUGUCGAGAGUGGGGUUCAGCUCCAUUGCACUGGUACCAUCGCUGUUCAAGUCCGUCGGUGUCUACUCGGUGCAGGCGCUCCGACUCAACAACCUGGCCGUCUCGUUUGCCGUGAUCGAGUUCCUGAACACGCUCAUGACCCCGUUCCACAACCACUACGAGAUUGAGCACGAGUCCAUGAACAAGAACCGACUACUGAGCGCAGAGGGCUUUAUUCGAAGUCUGAUGGAGGUGCUGCGCGAUCAUAUCCCCAACGAGAGCGCGUCGCUGCUAGUGUUGGAGCUGCUCUUCUUCUUCGAGUUCGCGCUCUGCCCACCGUACAGCAGCACCACCGACCCGGCGCACUUUAAGCGCAUUUUGGGAGACUUGGUCGACAUUCUGGGGCGGCACCUGUUCAAGUUACUGGGCCGCACAUGCGACAUUAUUCGCUACACCGCUGGCCAACUCAUUCGGGUGGUGAUGGAGGAGGGCGACAAGGCGCAGUUUGAGCGCAUGCAGCAGCUCGCCUUGUCAGAAGGAGGCAUUCUGACGCAGUUCAACACAGCACUCUUCUCGUCGAAUCGGAAGCUUCGCGACCUGGCGCGGCGGCUCAUCGCUUACUGGGCGCACGGCCACGUGCCGACACAGGACAUUCUGCGACGCAUGGUGCCCCUCACGCUUUUGAACUUUCUGCAGUCGCAAGAGCAGGCGCCACCAAAUGAGCAGGAGCUCGAGGAGCGGAAGAAGGUGACCCAGAUGACGGCGGCGUUCCGUGAGUCGAAGACGGGCUGGUUCAAGAAAUCGUUCAACCCGCGCGACGUCACGCUGGAGGCCAACCGUGGCGUUGGCAACGGGUCGACAGCGGCCGCGGGCUCGUACGCGGUGGACCCCGCUUCCCCGGACGGCGGCCGCGUGCGGUACCGCGUGCGCAACGUGAAUGUGAUGCCGAUGAUCAACUGGAGCAUGUUCUUUUAUCAAGCGAAGCUGGACCACCUUCGGCCGGACCUCAUCUGGAACCACACCACCCGAGCAGAGCUCAAGACUGCCGUGCAGGCGGAGCUGGAUGCGUUCCGGCAAUACAUCGACAUGCGUCGGGAGAAGUUGAUCGCAUGGAACUACGCCGAGUUCGAGGUCGUUUACCACAGCCUCGACUCGGAGCUCAAGAUCGGACAGCACUACCCUCGCCUGCUGUUCGAGGACGCCCACCCGAUGAUCGCGCGGCCGCGGGAGUUCUUCAACGACAUGUACCACCGCUUCCUGCUCGUCCAGGACACCAAGAGCAAGCUCGAGUGCCUGCACGGGCUGGCGCUGCUGUACACGCACUACGCGGAGGAAAUCGGCGAGUUUCAUGAUGUGCCGUUCCUGCUGCAGAUGCUGGAAAAAACCAUGGACCCGAUGAUGCGAGACCGCCUGCUGCUGCUGCUCGCUCACCUGCUCAAGGCACGCCACAACAUCAAGCUCUUUCUCGACCACGACGGCCUGGCGCCGUUGAUGGAGCUGGUGACGGUGGCUCACCUGCACAUCGACCGGCCACAGUUGAAGUCUGUGCCCAACACCAUCGAGUAUGCUGGCAGUCUCGAGGAGAUGCAGGGGCGGGAGAAGGAGUGGCAUUACACCCAGAAUGGCGCCAAGGCCGGGCCCGUUUCCUUCUCCGAGCUCAAGGAGCUCUACAAGAAGGGCGAGGUGACGGCGACGAGCAAGGUGUGGGCGCAGGGCAUGCCAGGCUGGCGCGAGCUCGGCGCCGUCGCGCAGCUGCGCUGGGGCGUCUUGAGCGCCGAUCUGCCUUCCAUCUUGACGCUGACAGAGGUGACCUGCACGGUGCUAGACGUCUUUCUUCUCCUGUGCGAGCACUAUCCAUCGCUGAACGACGAGGGUGCAAUCAUGCAACCGCAGCCAAAAGUGAAGCGGAUCCUCAGCAGCCCCCCCGUCCUUCCUCAUCUGGUGCAGCUGUUGCUCACGUUCGACAGCGGCGUGUGCUCGCGGGUGCACACGCUUCUUUUAUCGCUGAUGGAGGCGAACCCGUUCGUCGGCCGCUUCUUUCUUACCGGCGUCUUCUUCUUCUCAUGCCUCUACACUGCGUCGGAUGUGCUGCCCAUGUGCCGCCUGCUUGCCGCGACGCACCAUCGACAGUCCUUCCAGUACACGGCGGGGACGAACGACUUGGUGCGCGACAGCAUUCUGGCGCCACUGCUGCCGCCGGCAAUGGUGUGCUACCUCACCCACCACGGCCCCGAGGCCUUCGCGGACGUGCUGCUCGGCGAGUACGACAACCCGGAGGCGAUUUGGUCCCCGUCCAUGCGACAGUACCUGGCGACCAAGGUUGCCGCGCACGUGGCCGACUUCACGCCGCGGCUGCUGGGCAACAACACCGUUGUCUACCAGUACUGUCCCAUUGUGGGGGUGCAGUACGAGUCCUUGCAGAGGGAACUCUUCUGCUGUCAGUACUAUCUUCGCCACUUCUGCGACGAGCUGCGCUUUCCAAACUGGCCGGUACGGGACGCGGUGCGCUUCCUCACCGAUGUGCUGCAGCGGUGGCGGGAGGAACUGAACAAGCAGCCGUCCUCGCUGACGCGGGAGAAAUGCUACGAAAUCCUGGAGCUACAGCCGCAGCCAUCGAAGCAGGAGAUGCGCAAAGCCUACUACCAGCUCGCCGCACGCUACCACCCCGACAAGAACCCCAACGGCCGGGAGGCGUUUGAACAGGUCCAGCGCGCCUAUGAAUUCUUGGCGGCCGACUCGGUGGAAUCCAGCGAACCGAGCCCGUACAACAUCUCACUGCUGCUCAAGGCGCAGACCAUCCUCUACAAACGCUGCGGCGCCACGCUGCGGCAGUACAAGUACGCCGGUUUCGGGCUGCUGCUGCGCCUGAUCGAGACAGAGUUCCGCGCUCCCGAUGCGCUGCACAAGGACAUCGUUCUCCUCGAUCCGGCAACGGAGCUGUGCUAUUUCACGAUCCGCAACGCCCCGCUGAAUGCCGACGAGCUGCAGGAGGAGAAUGGAAUUCACCUCCUCGCCGACAUCGCCACUUACUGCUUCGACCUAAUAACACCUAACUCGCAUGACACGGAGGUGCACGUGCGGAUUGCAACGCACUGCAUGCUCACCUUCUCCAUCAGCGCCCGCUUCCCGGAUUGCCGUCUCAAGAUGUUGCGCGAGGAGCAGAUUCCGUACCUCACGGCGAAAGGUAUCUCCUACUAUCAGGCGCCGGAGUUGUCGCGGGCGUGUACGCAGGCGUGCGCGAGCGAGUCGCGUAGCGAGAAGAUGCAGUCGGAGCUGAUUCGCUACGGAUGCGUCUGGCACCUGCUUCAGCCGCUCUUCUCGUACGAUGCCUCCCUCGACAAGGCCGGCGUUGGCCUCGAUGAGGAGCAUCACAAGCAGCUCUUUGCCAACCGCGCCGCCAUCUUCGCCUUGCACGCCAUCUACGCCCUCUCUGGCAUUUCGCGUCUCCGUUCCAUUGCGGUCGACAACGCCGUGGGCACCGCCGCGCUAGACGGGGAGGACGUUGCGGCCAGUGACGGCGGAGCGGCGGAAGGGACUGCUGACGACAACACCCAGUCGAAGCGGCACGCCGGCGUGUAUGAGCUCCUGCAGCGACUCCUCACCCCUUACAUUCUCUACAAGAUGGAGCGGCAGCAGGACAGCGAAGCGGAGGUGCUGAUGCUGCUGAACUCCAACUCCGAUACGCCGUACUUCCUAUGGAACAACUCGUGCCGUGCCGAGCUGGGGGAGUUACUGCAGACGAACUCGAAGCAGUUCUGCGAGGCCGCCUUCGGCGCCACCGACUUGCCCUCUCUGUCCACGAGCGUCGAGGGCUUCGCCUACUCGUUGCACACGGGCGAGGUGGUCGUCGGUGGUGUUUUUCUGCGUCUGUUCAUUGCCCAGCCGAACUAUCCGAUCCAGAACCCCGUCGGCUUCUUUAUGGCUCUGCUUCUCUUCUUGCUUAACAAAGAGGCUGACACGACAAGCGCGAAGGCCAACGACGCGGCGGCGCGACCAGCGCCGCCCUCCUCAUCGAGUCGGAUUACAUUGCGGGAGGCGCCGCUGUUGGCGGCUCAGUCACUGCGACUGCUGAGCAGCGGCUACACCGAGACGCUCUCUGCGACCGCGUCCAAGCAGAUGAAGUCGCUGGUUGCUCUCCUGACUCCCUCCUUCGCCGUGGAGACGGCAGGCGUUGCGGCGGCGGAGAACGAGGAAGAUAUGCGAAGCGCCAUUUUUGUUGAGAUUGCGCAGGCGUUGUCCAAGUUUCUUUCCUCGGACGCCUGUCUUCAGGCGCUCUCGACGGUCGAGACAGCCAUGACCGCUGUGGUGCUCUUGCUGGAGCGGAUGUUGGGACGCCACGACGAAGCACACGGCACUUCGGCGCUUUCAUCAGAGGAGCCGGAUGCGGUGCUGACGCUUAUUCGGCUCAUGCUUACGCACCGCACCCUCGUGCAGCAGAGCCUUGACCGUGGGCUCUAUAUCUUCUUGCUGUCCGUGUACGCCACCUGGCCCCGGGAGAAGGUGCGCGAGGAGUGCUGUCGGUGUCUGGCAAAGGGCUACGAGGAUCGGCUAGUCGGGCCGCAGCUCUUUAUCCGCUCCUCCAAGUACCUGCCGCCGGCGUUUCUGGAGAUGAUGAAGGACAACGUGAAGCAGGCGUGCCGAAUGCUGGACGCGUGGCAGGAGAACCCCGAGCUGCUGUGGACCAAAUCUCAGAGGGAGGAGCUGGUAGAGCAGUUACAGGCGAGCCGCCGACAAAUUGUCGCCGCCCUCUCCACCGACGGGCUUGCGUGCUGGAAGCCAUCGGACACAGCCGGCAGCAGUAGGGGCGCCAUGCACAGUAGCUUCGAUGGAGGCGGCGGUGACGCUGGUAGCGCCGAUCGCCGUCUGCGCCGUCUCCAGGUUGGCGGCGUGUACGUGGCGCUGUACGUGCAGCAGCCGGGCUGGGCGGUGCGCCACCCCAAGGAGUUUUUGGUGUCGCUGCUGGAGCGCUUUGUGGAAGAGGCGAGCAAGGCAACCUCGCCGACUGCGGCCGUUUCCGGCGACGCUGCUGCUGCGCCGGACACAGACAUGCUCGAGCUGCUGACCAAGGCGGGAGAGAUUCUGCUGAGCAACUCGCCGGGGCUUCGUGACUACAUGACGUCGCUGGGCUACGGCAGCAAGGUCGAUCGGCUGCUUUCUCCUGCGACAGCGGACCACGCCACCAACGAGGCAGUCGUCCGUUAUUCGCUGCGGUGGCUGCGGGAGAUGAGUCGUUCUGCCGCGUGCGUCGAGUCCACCAGCAGCUCUGCGGAUGUGCUGCCCUCGCUUGUCAACGUCAUUGAGCAGUACCCCGCUCUUACUAUGGAGGCGCUGCAGACGCUGGAGGGGUUCCUCAGCAACGCAACUCGGCGCUCUCGCGUGCUCGAGUACGCGCUGCGCGACCACAUUCCCGAAAGACUGCUGAAGUACCUGGAAGAAGGCUUGCCAGAUUCGGUUAGCGCGGCAGCGGAUGUGAGCGCUGCGACCAUUCGCGCCGCGCUGGUCAAGGUUAUCAAGGCGCUGCUCGCCGUCCCGGACGAUGUGCACACCCCGCACAUUCAGGCGUUGCUGGAUAAAAGCCUUGUGUGGACCAAAUAUAAGAAUCAGAGCCACGAUAUGUUCCUUGUGCAGACCCAUUUUGGCGGCUACCUGACCGCCGGCAGCAACACCCACCCUGGCGCAGCAGCCGCCGCUCUCUCCUUGACGGCGCCGGCGACAACGGAGGCGAACACGCGCUCAGAGCCGCCGCCGCUCGAGGACAUCUCUGGUGCCCCGCCGCCAUUCUCGACAGCCCAGGCUCUAACGUAG